UAAAUAGCAAGGUGAAAGCACGGAGCUUCUUUUCUUUUUGCCUGAUCUAACCAUUUCAAGUGCAUUGUGGGAAUCUCUGAGCUCUGAUAGAUCACAGUCUCUGUUUCUCUGUUUCUCUCCACGAGACAUAGCCACCGGAAACAAUGGCGUCGUCGACGGCUAGGAUUACGUUUCGCGUUGUUAUGGUGGUGAUUCUCCUCCUCGUCGUUUUCUAUGUCGGUCGUCCUCUGUACUGGAAGAUUUCCGCAACUGUACAUGAUAUUCGCCAGAACAAACAGACCGUCAAAGAAGGUCUCUCUCAGAUCGUUCUGGAAGCUCAGAAAUCGGUGGGAUGGUACCACGACGAGUCGGACUCUGGCGUCCGUGAAGGAAAUGAUGGAAAGAAUUCCGGAUCGGGUGCUAUUCGGAGGCUGCUUCAUCAGAUGGAUUGAAAAGUCCUGCUGGGUUCCUGGAGUUUGCUGAAUUCAUCACAUCAGAACUAUUUACAAUGACCCAAAUAUAGUGUCGAAAGAUGAGAAGAACAAUGGCUGAACCAACAACCACCACCUAUCAAGUUAGGCUUUUUUUGAGGGAAUAAUGUGCAACUUUUCUAAUAUAAUAUAUAGGUUAAAAAUUGUACUUUCAAUCAAAUUUAGUUUUUUUUGAAAAAAAAAAAAAAAAGACAAUACGAGAAUAGAGGUGACCAGUAAGGUUACUUUUUGUUGGUGAAAAACGUAAAACAAUCAUCAAAGAUCAAAUUUUGAACAUUAGAAAGUAGGGACUAAAAUUAAACUAGUUCGAUUAAGAAAAACGUAAUGGAGGUUUCUUAAGAGGAGUUAAGGUGAUCAAUAUAUGAUUACACGAAUAAAACAAUUAAUUUUCGACAAAAAAAAAA